CGCUCCUUACUGAGCUUCACUGAACGGAUAUUUAACCGCCACGCAACCGAGACACCACCCCUACCAGCUCCAACCUGCUGCUAUGUGUAAAGGACUAGCAUCGCUGCCUACCUGCUGCUUGGAAAGGGCCAAGGAGCUGAAAGCAAGGCUGGGAAGCAUUUUGCAAAAACCCAAUUGGACUCUAUCUGGCUGCAAAAUAGGACAAAAACCAACCCUGGAGGAAUGCCUAAGGUGGAAACAGUCCUUUGAAAAACUUCUCUCCAGCAAAUAUGGACUGUGUGCCUUCACAGCCUUCUUGGUAUCUGAGUUCAGUGAAGAGAACAUUUCAUUCUACUUUGCCUGUGAGGAUUACAGGAGUACCAAGUCUCCCUCCAAACUGCCGGCCAAAGCCCAGAAGAUCUACGAUGAAUUCAUCGGCAGCGAUGCUCCCCGGGAGAUUAACAUUGAUCAUGAAACUCGUGACAUCACCAAAGCCAACAUGCUGGUGCUGUCGCCUUCAUGCUUCGACCAGGCCCAGCACAAGAUCUACAUGCUCAUGGCCAAAGACUGCUACCCUCGCUUCCUCCGCUCUCCAGCCUACAGGGAUAUAGUGUGUCAAGCCAAACCAAGCGCCAAGGCAACCAAGCAGCCCCUGCAGGAGAAGAAGGCAUGAAGUCUCUCUGUGAGCCAAUGGAGAAUUGUUAGCGGUCGCCUUAAGGGUUGAGAAGACAAGAGAGGCGUGACGUUAGGUGCUGCACCGUGAAGCUGGACGCGGCUGCAGAUACAGAGAUCGUCAUGAGAGCGGCGGUGGAUGGGUGUAUUCUGUAGAUGCCGUCUAUUCUAAGAUAAGGAAAGAUUGCAGAGAAAAGUGGAGUACAGGAAAAGUUGAUGCCUUGAGUGGACAGUUGUGUGAAUACAGAUGAAGUUUUGACAGCUGUGUUAAGUGUAACACACUGAGUGACAAUCAAAAAGGAAGGCGGAUGAAGUGGAAAAAAGCACUUUUCUUUGCCAUUAGGCAAACGUUUGUGGUUGUGAUGUGGCAUGUUCCUCUG